CUAAUGAUAGGACUAUAGACAUAGGACUACUGUGAUAGGCUAACCUAUUCAUCAUGACAUUAUGCAUAAACUAUUUAAUAUUCUUGCAAAAUAUAUAGGCUAUCCCAUGGCAAUAGGAAAAUUACUAAAGUCAGAAGAAAAUGCCUAGAAAGAAAAUCACUUUAUUCAAACCAAUGAAUGAACAAUUGACUGUGCUACCUUGAUGCAUUCUGCUCGCUUCCAACGCAGUUAUUUUACGCGUCAAUUGCCUUAUAUUCGCAAAACUUUUCGUUGCAGUCCUCAUUUUGUACCCGGUGACAAAAGUUUUUCUUUCAAGAAUAUGAAGGUAGUGCACCUGUUCUUCCUCUCUAUUGGUCGAAGCAUGACUACAGUACCCACGAAACCCUGCGCUCAGCCUCUUGCUCACUGUGCUCUGCGCCAGUCUGUUCAGGGAACCAGUUCGCUUGGCCUUUUUUCUGCCUUCUCACUGUUGUCUGGUGUCAACCUACACCCAGUAGACAUAUCCCUCCCUCUUCAACGACUGCUUCCAAUUUGCCUUCACUUUUCUUAUCACAAGCACUAUUGGCUUUUGCGCUGUCAGUCAGACGCCUCUACCGUAGCUGGAGUUUAGUAGCAACAGCUCGGAAACAUCUGGCUGCCGCAGCCCUUCUCUCUCCGCUCGCUCGGUCCGUCUUUCCUGCAGGUUGUUAUGGACAUUUGUUGAAAGUCAAUCUAGUUAUUUUUCAACCUCAAGAGGAUUUGACGAAGGACGCAGGUAGACGUUGGAGCUUGUUGUCUGUUAUGAAGACAGCAUGGAGUUCCCAGACCACAGCAGACAUUUGCUACAGUGUCUGAGUGAGCAGAGGCAUCAGGGUUUCCUUUGUGAUUCCACUGUGCUGGUCGGCGAUGCCCAGUUCCGAGCCCAUCGAGCAGUGCUGGCUUCAUGCAGUAUGUACUUCCAUCUCUUUUACAAGGACCAGCUGGACAAAAGGGACAUUGUUCAUCUGAACAGCGACAUUGUUACAGCCCCAGCGUUCGCUCUCCUGCUGGAGUUCAUGUACGAGGGGAAGCUCCAGUUCAAAGCCCUGCCCGUUGAGGAUGUGCUGGCUGCUGCCAGCUUCCUCCACAUGUACCACAUUGUCAAGGUCUGCAAGAAGAAGCUGAAGCACAAAGCCACUGCGGAGGCAGACAGCACCAAGAAGGAGGAGGACGCUUCCAGCUGUUCUGACAAAGUAGAGAGCUUCUCCGAGGGCAGCACGGGCCAACCAGCCACAGCUGACCUAUUGCCCAGUGAUGAUGAGGACCUGGAGUCCAAGCAGGACUCCAGCAGCCUGUGGAUGAGGCUACCCUCCGACCGGGCAGGCACCCCGGCCACUGCCACCAGCCCAGGGGAGGAUGACGCCCAUGGCAGUCCCUCCAAGCUGCAAUCCCCAACUGGCAGCCCCAGCAGCUCUAUAGGCUCCCUGUCCAGGAGGUCUGUGGGCUCACGUGGCUCCCGCAGAGUGUCGUCGGAUGCAGACUGUGUCCUGGACUUGUCUGUGAAGUCCAGCCUGACUGGGCCCAGUGAGGCCUUAUCCAAUAACCCUUACUUCUGUGGUGUGGUGAUGCCAGAUACCCUGCAGGGCACCCUGGUCCAGGUGAAGCAGGAGAAGAACACGGGCUCAGACCAUGAGGACCUGGUGAGUGGCGACUACGAGAUGGACCACAGCGGGCCCAAAGCCACCCCUCCCAGAACCAACGGAGGUCUGAACCACCACUUGGUCAGCAGCCAUGCUCACAGACGCCUGGAGGCCCACCUGUCAGCCCUGCGUGAUGCCACCCUGGCCAGUGAGCUGGAGCAUGACGACAAGGUCAGCAAUAAUGACAUGCUGGGCGGAGAGAGUGAGCGGGCCCAGGUCGAGGCGGCCAGCAUCGACAGCACCCUGCUGCCCUACGUGUCCAACAUGCUGAACGCCCCUCACACUCAGAUCUUCAUGUGCCCCCUGUGCAACAAGGUGUUUCCCAGUCCGCACAUCCUCCAGAUCCACCUCAGCACACACUUUCGCGAGCAGGAAGGCGUGCGCGCCAAGCCCACCAGCGACAUCAACGUGCCCACCUGCUCCAUCUGCGGCAAGACGUUCUCCUGCAUGUACACCCUGAAGCGCCACGAGCGGACUCACUCUGGAGAGAAGCCAUACACAUGCACCACGUGCGGGAAGAGCUUCCAGUACUCUCACAACCUGAGCCGGCACGCCGUGGUGCACACCCGAGAGAAGCCACAUGCCUGCAAGUGGUGCGAGCGGCGCUUCACCCAGUCCGGGGACCUGUACCGCCACAUCCGCAAGUUCCACUGCGAACUGGUCAACUCGCUCUCUGUUAAGAGUGAAGGCCUCAACCUGCCCACCCUCCACAGGGACUGGGCCAUAGAGGAUAGUUCUCAAGAACUGUGGAAGUGAAGCCUGCUGAAAUAAUCAGGACUUAUUUGUUUUUAAGCUAAAUGAGAGAGGUGUCAGUGAAGGUUGGGCAGAGAGGUAAGGGAGUUGGAGCACGGGUUGUGGGUAGGAGAGGGGUCUGAUUCACUCAUGUUUCUUGUACGUACAUUACAAAAUCUGCUUAAAUGGCACUUUAAUAGAACAUAAAGAUGUUACUACUGUUUUCAGUUCCAGUCAUUUGUUCUGUUCUAAUCUUUUAUUUGUUCAGAUUUAGUUCCAUAUAAAAAAAACAUGGGCGCUGGUAUCAACAGCCAGUGUUAUGUCAUCUUCUUGUGUAUAGAUACACUCCUUAAUCUAAGGCACACCUUCAACGACAACCAUAUGAAGUGUUCAGGUAACACAUUGACGUUAAAGAUUAUUAGAAUACACUAAACGGGUACUGUGAUCAUCAAUUUAUACCAGUACACAUAUGUGUGUGUAUUAAUAUGUGUGUAUAUAGUGCACUAUAUUUUUAUUAUCAAAUUUCAUUGGUGUGUGUUUGCGUGUGUGUGUGUGUGUGUGUGUGUGUGUGUGUGUGUGUGUGUGUGUGUGUGUGUGUGUGUGUUUAAGGAAACUGUGGAAAGAGGUCUGCUCUAACAAGCUUCUGCUCCUUAAGCUCUUGACUGAUGAAAGACAUAUGGCACUCAUGCAAUGUACAGCUUCCUUUUUCACAUGAAUUAAAGUAUUUUCUAAAAUUCUUUACGAAUGAUUAUUAUACAAUUUCUUAAAUCUAUCUGCAGCCUUUAAACAUCCCUUUAAUUUCAUUUGGCUGUAUCCUAUAGGUUUCUGUAGUGAUUAUGGAUUUGGUUUUGGAAAAUGGGAUCUGAUAUUGCAUGAAGUCCAACCUGUAUAUUUGAAAUGUGAAUUACUGUAUAACUGUACACUGUAAUUGAGCAAAUAUAGAACAGACUAUGUGAAUAUCCAAGGGUGCAGUCAGUUAAGAAACCCGGAAUAUUCCAGUUAUGGAAAAUGCAUGAAUAUGAUUUAUCUUACAUUUUCUUGUUUUUUUUGGGGGGGGGGGGUGUAUUCUAAAUUAACUUAUUUCAUUCUUAAGUAGUUUAUUUAUUUUCUCUGCUCUUUUUGAGAGUCUGUCGGGACUCCUUUGAAAUGUUCUUCUGGGCUGUGAAGAUAUUGUGUCAAUGCACUGGUCUUGGGUUUGAGUUUGUGUAACGGAAUGUGAGGUGAAGUUUGUCGUCAGACUGACAGAGGUGGCAGUGUGGGCUGAAUGCCAGUAGUGACCUAACUAAUCUACUGAAGAUCUCCUCUACUGUGUUUGCCUCCCGCCCACACAGCACUUCAUCACAGUCUACUCUGCUGCAUGGUGGUCAGGGAGUUAAGGUUCCCAACUACUGUAGCUAUAUCCAGUUAACAUUCUGCUUUGGUAUUUUCUGCUUUCUCAUCGACAUUAAGUAAGCGUUGUGGGUAAUUUAUUUAUAUUUUUAUUUGGCACCUGUUUCUAACUGUGCGGCCAAUGAGAAGGUUUCACACUGAUCUAUGAGAGAGAUGCUCACCUGCUCAUGCCUGAGUACUCCUGGAGGUUAUUUCUGUUUCAACAGUAAAGCCUGUGUACUCCUGAAGGUCCUUUCUGUUUCAACAGUAAAGCCUGAGUACUCCUGAAGGUUAUUUCUGUUUCAAUAGUAAAGCCUGUGUACUCCUGAAGGUUCUUUCUGUUUUAAAUGGUAAAAGCUGAAGAAUCAGAGAGCAGCACUACACGCUCCUAAUUUGAAUGUCUGCGUGUAUCUGUUUGAGUGCUCCUAUGUACGUACUGUAUGUAUGUACACGUGCGUGUUUUGUACUGAAAGCGUAAUCCUUGCUUUUGAAGGGGGAGAAUUGGCAUGCUUGAUUGCACCAUUAAAGCUUAUUUAACUGAGAUUUAUUGCUGAAAAUAUGCCUAUAUGAAAAUUACAGUUAUAAAUUAUAGAUUCACGAAAUCAUGGAUACUAUUACAUUCAAGAGGAGAUUUAUUUGAAAUUUAUUUGAAAUUAUUGAAUUAACCUUAGUAUUAUAAUAUCUAAUUUUCAUUUGAACUGUUCUUUAUUUCAAUAUUUUAUUUAGGAUUUUUCAAAUUUUUUGGAAUGUGAACAUUCUGAGAAAACUCUGCACUCAAAAAAUGUUUGUGCACAAAAAUCAUGGAAUCAAUCAAACAAAAGCAAAAGUUGAACUCUACACAAACUCAGUUGUUAUUAGUAUGGUUAUGAAUGUCUGCACAUUGGCAUGUCUGGCAGGUCCACACUGGCCCGGGGGUUUGGUUUGCUCUUCAGUGGACAUGGUGGUGGCAGCAUCAGCUGGUGACAUGGGUGCUCCUUGCCAACUGCACACACUCAUGGCAUUUUGCACAGUGGUAAUUGAUCUCUUUGCAUCCAUGGAAAAUAUAUCAUAUGUGAGUUAGCUCUCUGUUUGAAGACUUAUUUACAAUUAUUGCUGACUUCUUAUUGUACUUGACCGCCUUAAACUACUGUAAACAGCUUGUUUUUUUUCACUGAAAGUGUGUGUAACUGGACUGUUUAUUGACCUUUUUGAAAUGGAAAGGAAGCUGUGAAAUUACCCAAUAAGCAUCUCCGUUUACAUCAAUCCAACUUUGGUUACUUGAAAACAGGAAAGGUCCAAUGGGGGAAAAAACGUUCAAAUGUAGACGACAAUGAAGAGAGGGGAGGGGGGAAAUAGAAAGAAAUCGGUUAAAAAGGACAAUCACUGUCUGAAAAAGAAGCAGAUUUUGAUUCAAAUAUAUUUGCUUCCCUGUGAGAUUUGGUUUAUUUUUCUGGAUUUAAGCAUUUAGCUUUGACAAUCAUAGUAUGUUUUGUUUUUUCUCAAGAGGAGUAAAUUCUAAGGCUGUUUAGUUUUGUACUUUUUUGGUGUGCUGUUGUUGAAAUUUUUCAAUUGUGUGCAAACUGCAAUAAAUUAUAAGAACCUUAAAACUCAA